AUGCCCCAGGCCAACGGCGGCCUCCACGACGAUCCCUUCGCCGACUCCGACGGUGGGCCCAUCCUCCCGCCGCCCACCGAGAUGGGUCGCGAGGAGGGAUUCCUGCUCCGCGAGUGGCGCCGUCAAAAUGCAAUCCUCCUCGAGGAAAAGGAAAAGAAGGAGAAGGAGCUGAGGAGCCAAAUCAUCCUUGACGCUGAAGAAUUUAAGAAAGCUUUUGUCGAGAAGCGGAAGCUCAAUGUUGAGACAAGCAAGGGCCAAAACCGUGACAGGGAGAAGCUUUUCCUAGCGAACCAGGAGAAGUUCCAUGCUGGUGCGGAUAAGCAGUACUGGAAGGCGAUAUCAGAACUUAUCCCACACGAGAUUGCCAACAUCGAGAAGAGAGGGGCGAGGAAAGAUAAGGAGAAGGAGAAGAAGCCUGGGAUCGUGGUGAUCCAGGGCCCAAAGCCUGGGAAGCCGACGGACAUGUCACGGAUGCGGCAGAUAUUGCUGAAGCUGAAGCACACUCCUCCGCCACACAUGAAGCCGCCUCCGCCACCUGCAGCAGCUGCUGGGAAGGACGGUGCCCCGGCUGCCGCUGCAAAGGAUGGAGCUAAGCCAGCAGCACCUGCCAACGGAAGUGUUCCAGAGAUGGAGAAGGCCGCGGCAGCGGCGCCUGCACCAGCAACUGAACCUAUCGCGGCUGCCUAA